AGUGAUAUUUUUAACUUUUAAAAUUACACGUUGUCAAAAUAUACAUGUAUUUGAAAAGUAAUAGUUACAUGCUUGAGAUUCUUUGUACUAAAACCUGGGAGGAGAGAGUGCAUGGUGUGAAGGUGAAUAGAGCCAGGGCUUUUACUGAACAGUGUGUGCUGAAACUGGCUUAUACUGAUUCAUGAGAACCAGUUGUGCACAUCUCUUCCCAACUCUGUGUUCUGGUGUUUGGUGAGUUCAGGAAAGCUUGAAAUCAGCCAUUGUGACAGUAUUUUCACCACAGAAAAUGGUAAACACUACAAAUCAGGACUUUUUUCUUGGAGAUCGGUUGUUAAACAUUUACCAGCACACAGUGUAGGAUGGGUUGAAGGGGGAUGAGAUUGCAGAUGUAUGGACGUUAUUUCAUAGGCAGUGUCAAGUCUUGGGAGACUUCUAUGGUGACUGAAUUUGGGGAAGAUGAUCAGAUUUCUGAUUUAGAAAAAUAUUCUGAUAACGAUACUGGCAGUACAGAGGACAGAUCAUGAGAAGAGAAUGGAGACAGGAGCCUUGAGAAGGCGGCAGCAUUACUAUUUUUGGUGAGAGAUAAGGCAGUAUCAGUAAAGGUAAACAAACAAAAAAGGGUCAAGGACAAAUUCCAGAGAUUAAGACAAGGAUUGGAGUUGAAGUUUACUGAGGUUUUUAGUUUGGGGCACUGGGUAGAUAUUGGGGCACACCACUAAUUGAGACAAGUAAUAUAGGUGAAAUAAGCAGUUUUGGAGAUAAAAUUGUUUUGGAUUUGUUACCUUUAAGGUUAUCUCAGGACCCCUGGAUAGAAACAUUUAGGUUGCAGUUGGGGGUAGAAAUCUUCUUUAGGAUUUAUUGGUAUUCAAUGAUAGCUGAAGCCAAGAACAAAAAUGAUCUUGAUCCAGGAUCAGAUAAAUAUGAAGGAAAGUGAAAAGGGAAGCUUUUUGAAAGAGCCUAUUUUGAAAGAUGAGAGGUGAAUAGAAAUGAUGGUUACUCUGUGAUGUAAGACUGAUAAAAUAUUUUUUACAUGGGGGAUCCUAUCAAUUUAAUAUUGUUAGAGAAAAUAGAAUGACGAAAAUUGGACAUAACUAACUUUGGACUUUCAAUGACUUUUUGAUACAAAGGAAUAUAGACACCAAUAGAGUGCCUGACUUAAAGGAGUUUGCCAUGGCAAAGGUAACAGAAUGAUCACAUGAUCAAAGGAUGAUGAUGAUGAUAAUUACUAACAGGUACUUGACUUUUAUCAUUUACUCUUCAUAAAACAAUUCUGCAAGGGGGGAUAAUUAUAGUAUUCCAUUCUACAGAUGAGGAAGGUAAGGUGUAGAGAGGUUAACUAACCUGUCCAAAACAUGUAGUGGCAGAGCCAGGAUUUGACCCAGGAGUUUGAAUGUAGAGACUGCACUCUUAACUACUAUCUAUGAUUUCAAUAAUAAGACCUACUUCAUAAAUUGUAAAGAUUAAAUUAGUAAAUAUACAUAAAGCUCUUAGAACAAUUUAACCACACGCAUUAAGCCCUGUGUAAGUAUUAACCCUUAUCUUUAUCGCCCAAGGUUACACAGCCAUUUUGUGGCAGAGUCCGGAUUCCAACCUAAAAUUCGUUCUCUUAACCAUUACGAUAUAGACGAGUGAGCCCAAGACAUUGGGGGAACACAUAGGAGGAACACCUAAUUUCAGGAAGGGGAAAGGAGGAGUGUGUCAGAAGUCGAGAAGCAUUUUUAGAUAAAUAAGACACAAAGCUCCGUCCAGAAGAACAAGCAGACAGGGAAAACUGUGAGUUAAAAAAGCGAGGCGGUUGACGUGUUGACGUGUUCUGUGUUUGUAACAGGGUGGUUGGAUCCAACAGUCAGAAGGGCAGUGGCGGGCAAUGAAGCUGAAGAGUCUUCAUAUCCAAUUCCGUGCUGCGUAUGGCUUUGCAAUUUAUUCUUCAAAAGACUUCACUGUCUGCACAAUACUAUUCGAACACACACCCACCCACAACCUUCCCCCUCAAACCCCCACAAAGAUGGUUCGUUAUAGGGGUUAGAAGAAACUCCCAAGAGCGACACAACCUGCAAAAGUAAAGAACAAUCACACAUUGGGCGAAAAAAACCAGCGUUUUCUCUCUUAUUGGAUCUGGCCAAGACGUAAACGGGUUGAGAUAGGAAGCACGGUACGACUCUUGCUGGCAUGCUGGGCGGCAGCGCAGUCUCUGGCUUCCGGCGUCCUCAGUUGCUAAGGGAGACCGGAAGCGCCCGUACGCUCCGUGGGUGCAACCAUAGAGUGCCGGAAAAAGCGUGAGCAGAGGGGUCGGAAAAAGAAAGCAACUGCGGUUAGUGCUAAAAUGACGACCUUAGUGCUGGAUAACGGAGCCUACAACGCCAAAAUCGGUUACAGCCAUGAAAAUGUCUCAGUUAUUCCUAACUGUCAGUUCAGGUCAAAAACGGCACGUCUUAAAACUUUUACUGCUAACCAGAUAGAUGAAAUAAAGGAUCCUUCUGGACUCUUUUAUAUUCUUCCUUUUCAAAAGGGCUACUUGGUGAAUUGGGAUGUUCAAAGACAAGUCUGGGAUUACCUUUUUGGAAAAGAAAUGUAUCAGGUUGAUUUUUUAGACACUAAUAUUAUUAUCACAGAACCAUAUUUUAACUUCACUUCAAUUCAAGAAUCAAUGAAUGAAAUCUUAUUUGAAGAAUACCAGUUUCAAGCAGUAUUAAGAGUAAAUGCUGGGGCUCUCAGUGCACAUAGGUAUUUCCGAGAUAAUCCUUCCGAAUUAUGCUGUAUCAUUGUAGAUAGUGGAUAUUCCUUUACACAUAUAGUUCCUUAUUGUAGAAGUAAAAAGAAAAAAGAAGCAAUUAUUCGGAUAAAUGUGGGAGGAAAACUCCUAACCAAUCAUCUAAAAGAGAUUAUAUCUUACAGGCAGUUACAUGUUAUGGAUGAAACACAUGUGAUUAAUCAAGUGAAAGAAGAUGUAUGCUAUGUGUCUCAGGAUUUUUAUAGAGACAUGGAUAUUGCCAAGUUGAAAGGAGAAGAAAAUACAGUAAUGGUAGACUAUGUUUUGCCUGACUUUAGUACAAUUAAAAAGGGCUUUUGUAAGCCAAGAGAAGAAAUGGUGUUAAGUGGAAAAUACAAAUCUGGGGAACAAAUUCUUCGUCUGGCCAAUGAGAGAUUUGCUGUUCCAGAAAUACUCUUUAAUCCUUCUGAUAUAGGAAUUCAAGAAAUGGGAAUUCCAGAAGCUAUUGUCUGUUCAAUUCAGAACUUACCUGAAGAAAUGCAGCCGCACUUUUUUAAGAACAUUGUUUUGACAGGAGGAAAUUCCCUUUUCCCGGGAUUUAGGGAUCGGGUUUACUCGGAAGUUCGAUGUCUCACUCCAACAGAUUACGAUGUUUCUGUUGUGCUGCCUGAAAACCCUAUUACUUAUGCCUGGGAAGGUGGAAAAUUGAUAUCAGAGAAUGAUGAUUUUGAAGAUAUGGUGGUAACAAGAGAAGAUUAUGAAGAAAAUGGACAUAGCGUCUGUGAAGAGAAAUUUGAUAUUUAAGAAACGUUUCUGAAAGUUUUGACUGUGGCAAAGGUUUAAUUUUCAAUGUUCUUUUUAAAGGAAGUUAAGGACCUGUGUUACCUUUCAUCCUAAGAUAAGAUAACAUCUUGGACUUAUGUAAAUACUUUGAUCCAUGGCUGAUUUUCAACGGUUUCUUAGCUAGGUUAGUAAGUAAACUGUAACUCAGCCCAAAUUUUCAUUUAGGAGCUAGACUUACUAUAACAAUGCUUAUGCUGUUUCCGAGACUGAGUUAUCUUUCAUUAGAAGAUGAAAGAGUGAGUGUAUUUUAAGUUUAAUACUUUAUAGCUAAAAGCACAAACUUAACUGUCUCACUGGUCAGGUUUCCUUAGAAGGUAGUUUUGUGUGACUGACUAGGAAUUGGCCAGAGUAUUUUCAGGCUGAUAUGAUUUCUCUCUUUCUUUUAGAACUAAGUAUUUUGUCUUUAAAUUGUCAUUUUUAUUUGUAUAUACUAAAGUUGGAAAAACUAAUCUAUGUGUAUGUAAUGUUUAUUUUUUACUUAGCCUAAGUUUGAAAGGAUGAAGACCAAAGCCAAUUUAUUAAAGUGUUUUUGGUCAGUACUGUGUUGCAGAAAUGUAUUAUUUCACUCAUAAAAAUACUAUACCAUUUUUUA